GUUCGACAUUCUAAAAAAACUAUAACAAAACCAAUUGAACCAAAGAAGAUGAAACUGGUGGUGUUCGCUAUUACUUUAAUUAUCGCUUGCGAUGGAUUUUCAGCUUCAAAUGAUCAUGCCAAGAAACAUCAUCAAGUAAAACAUAGUGAAUCUUCUGAUGUUUCAAAACGAAUUAUUCCUGGCGGAUUUCUAUGUCGAUUUUUUGUGUGCUCAGUGUGUUCAACUUCUGGUGGUCUACGCCAUCAUUCAGUUAGAAAUGAUUUAAAUUCAUUGGAAGAUACUCGUACAUUUUUAAACCUAUGUAAUGUUUGCCGAUGUAAUAGUGGUACUACAAGUACUACAACACAAAAUCCGGACACUACUGAAAGUACUGUAACUACUGAAAGUACUGAAAGCACUGAAACUACUGUAAGUGAAGGAAGUUCAGUAACCACGGAAGCACCUCAAAACCGACAUGGUAAAAAACACCAUAACGUAAAAGCACAUCAUAUUAAACACCAUGAUACGAAGAAAAAUCAUCACUGAUUUUAAUGAUCUGUACAACACGAUUGUUUCAGCUUAAAUAAAUCAUUAAUUUUUGAAGUUCUAGAUUUUGUUAUAUGAUUUGUAGUUGAUUUAAAAGUGUUGAAUAAAUAAAAUGUGAAUAAAUAUUA